AUGUGUAAAUUGAUUGCCAAAUAUAUGGAUCCAAAGGUGUGCUGCGCCAUUGGCGGGAGCUUCGAUGAAACGAAUAAAUUGCUGAAAUACCGCUUCGAUCAUAUUUUCUUUACUGGAUCAACGAAGAUUGGCAAGGUUGUACUGCGCGCCGCUGCCGAACAUUUGACGCCAACGACACUGGAAAUGGGUGGCAAAAGGCAAGACUUACUUGGUUUUUUCUCACGCAGUUGA